AUGCCAGACAACUGCUAUUCGGAUGCACUAUACGAAUACCGUGAACCCCACAACAGAUCUUGGCAAAAUUCAUUCGGGCUAGGACCCGAAACCCCAUAUCAAAAUGUUGCCCUAUCACAAUUUCAACAGCUGAACUGUUAUGGCCUCAGUGGAAAUCCAAUUUCGCCGACGCCAAUCUCGUAUCCCAAGGUACAAACACCUCAUAAAACACUGGGAUCCAGCACGACGAUGUUCCAAUCACCCAGUUCCAAGGUCCGACAAUCGAAAGCGUUUGAUAACCUUCUCUUUCCUGAAUGGCCACAGGGCCAUGAAGCUAUGUCCAACUAUCUGGAUUUUCAUGAACAAUCAUCCAACGUUCACUCAAGUCACCAGUUGGAAGAGUCGGCGAAGAACACUCUCAAGGUUAUGGGGGCGGAGAAUUGCGAGAAUAAUCGUGAAAUGAAUGCAUUGUAA